UUAGGGACGAACAACCAUCAUGCCUGCCAAAGCACAGACCGCUGGAAAGAAGGGAUCCAAGAAGGCUAAGGCCCCCAGGCCUAGCGGAGACAAGAAGAGGAGGAGGAAGCGAAAGGAAAGCUACGGAAUCUACAUCUACAAGGUUCUGAAGCAGGUCCAUCCCGACACUGGUAUCUCAAGCCGUGCCAUGUCCAUCAUGAACAGCUUCGUCAACGAUGUCUUCGAACGUAUUGCCGGUGAGGCUUCCCGUCUUGCCCACUACAACAAGAAGUCCACCAUCAGCAGCCGUGAGGUCCAGACCGCUGUCCGUCUCCUCCUCCCCGGUGAAUUGGCCAAGCACGCCGUCUCUGAGGGCACCAAGGCUGUUACCAAGUACACCACCUCCAAGUAAAUUUGGUUCGCGCCACAUUUGCUACAAAACGGCUCUUUUUAGAGCCACCAAAUAUACAAGAAAGAUACUCUAGAUUUGCUCAUUUUACUUUCAGAAAUUGGCAUUUAUUUUCAUAUUGAAUUUAUUGGACCAGAUAAAAAUGCUGCCAUCCAGUGUAUAAACAACAAUCUGAUUUAUGUU